GGCGGACAUCCUAACAACAGCCUUUUCCUUAGCGACCCUUUUCACAACAAUAGCUUUAUGACGACAACGACGUCAGGAACUAACAAUAGGCACUUUUAAUGUAUCAAAAUGCGUAACUUUUAUUGACUUAUUUUAAGUGAUAUUGGUGUUUUUUUUUACUCUAUAUUGAAGAUAUAUUGUUAAAUAAUAGGAAAAUGUUCAGCCACUUGUCAAGCCCCCAAUAUUCUCCACGUUAUACCUCCAGCGGUAUGAGAAGGUCCCUUUGGGAUGAGGUUUGUACCGAAUAUGAAGCAAGUCUUCCCACUCCUCCCAGUGUUAACUUGACCAGUUCAGAGUCCUCUGUCCAAGCUGCCAAGGUGGAUGAAGAGGAGGAUGAGCUUCUGACGGACCUUGACCCCCUCCUGCACUACCCUGCACACCCUGGAUUCUCUGUGUUUGGAGCACAUUCUUCUUCAAAGCACAGAAGGCAGACAACAACAACUUUCUGUCCACAGCAGUUCCCACAUCCUGUCACAAAGUUCAUGGAAGACAAAGUGUUCCCUGUGCUGGCGCCUGCAAUUGAGGCUUUGCUGAAAGAAGCUGAGAAACAAGGUUGUUUGGAGAAGAAGGUAAUAACAUUUUAUCCCUUUGAUUACCUGGUGGAGUGGCUCUACAAUCAUAACCCCCGCAGACGAGGGUAUCCCUUUGUAAAAUUCCAUGACAUCCCAUUCGUCAAAUCCUGGCUCAUCUUACAUCCGAGGCCUCCUGUACCCCUCUACCUGCAGCUGAGUGACGACGAAGCUGCUGUGAUCAUCCAGGCUUUCUGGAGAGGAUAUAUGGUCAGAGCACAGCCUUAUGUGCAGGAGCUGCGGCAGUGGCAAACGAACCUGAGGGAAACUCGCGACAUUCCCAACUCUGUCAAGGAAUUCUGGGCCCGGGUUGAGAAGCGAGUGGGUUCGGUCAUGUCGGACGCUGCUGAAAGCGCUCAAACUUCGGAAAACUCCGAAAAUUCCGACUUGAGCGUCCAAGUGGUUUCUCCCACCCCGCAGAGCACGGCCGUGCACACGCCCACCGACCGAAUGACCCCGGACGGCAUUGAGCGUCUGAAGCCCGGUCUUUAUAGCGUGGAUGAGAUGAUCAACAUGGCGUCACUGUCCAGGUCACAUGCACCAACUUAACUAUACUAGAUGACAUCAACUGCGUCUAGUCAAUUCUUUUAGCGUUUUUUCAAGGUUGUUAAUUUCUCGUAUACAUCGAUGUCAUGCUGGCCCUAGCGAUUCAUCACAUGCGCCUUUAAAAAUCUUGUAACUAGAGAUGUCCGAUAAUGGCUUUUUUGCCGAUAUUCCGAUAUUGUCCAACUCUUAAUUACCGAUUCCGAUAUCAACCGAUACCGAUAUAUACAGUCGUGGAAUUAACACAUUAUUAUGCCUAAUUUUGUUGUGAUGCCCCACUGGAUGCAUUAAACAAUGUAACAAGGUUUUCCAAAAUAAAUCAACUCAAGUUAUGGAUAAAAAAAAUGCCAACAUGGCACUGCCAUAUUUAUUAUUGAAGUCACAAAGUGCAUUAUCUUUUUUAACAUGCCUCUAAACAACAGCUUGGAAUUUGGGACAUGCUCUCCCUGAGAGAGCAUGAGGAGGUUGAGGUGGGGGUGGG